CAUGAAAUGUCAUGUAUUAUCGUGUCAAAUGCUUCUGUAUAAUCAAUAAAGCAGAGAUACAGCCUGUAUAAUACAGGUCUUUUUCUCGUUUAGGGUUUGUUUUCUUCUGCCUUCCCCUGGUGUGAACCCACAGUGUUCUGCUGAAAUUUCCGGUUUUAGUUUAUUUUCCUUUCGACCAGCAAUGUUUUAUAACAGAAUUUUGCUACUUUUGCAUAUUAACUACAGGCAAGACUAGUAGAGUGUUACAGCUUUGUUGCCGCCAAUCUACUUUUGGUUUUUGAGUUGAUCGUCUAAAGCAGAAAUGCUAGAUGCUUAAAAUGAUUUUAGCGACAUACGAAAACUGGCUUGUCUUCAAGAAAGAGUAUCAGAGUAACACAAUAAAUUAAUAAAUUUGUUCUGUUAAUAUGUUGAAAAUUUCCUUUAAUUAAGAAUAGACAUAUUUUAUAUCAUUUGGGUUAAAUCUGAUCGACCUCAAUAAAAAAUGGUGGCAUGCAGAGAAGAAUCUUAGAUCAACAGGAAAGGUGCAGCGUCAUUCAGCAAACAUUCACAAAAACGAAUCGUUUCGGUUUAUCAAAUAAAUUAAUUUAUAUCUCACAGGGUAGCGAAACCUCAGUCGUGUAUUGUAUAGAAUAUGGUUAAAUGGCUUAGCGAAAUAUUUCCGAAGCGUCAGGCAAAACAACAUUCCAAGCAUCUUAAACCAAUAAAUGGUGCCAGGUUGAUAUUUCAGGGUGCUUGCUUAGCAUCUCGUAAACAUACUCCACGAGGCUGGAGUGCAUGUUGGGGAUGUUUUUUAUUUUCAAGCGUAAGGGGAAGUAUCUAGGGAAAAUUUAGCUUCCUGUGCAAAGUUAAAAGAAGGUGGUGUAUAAAUUUGUGUACACGUGCCAUUCUAAGAUGAUUCUUCAUGUUUGCAGAAGACUCACAAACAAACAGAAACAUAAUGACUAUUUGCUUGCAUAUAUGUAAUUUAGCAACGAAAGCAAACUAAUUGCAUGGUUAUGAUAACGUGUGAAAAGAGAAAAUAGUCGUUGCCCACCAAUGGGGAUUUUUGUUGAAGUUGAGGAAACUGGCGCGAGAGACGUAAAACGCCUGCAGCACGGAAACCCUGGAAAAAACGUGGAAAACAUUGAAAUUAUUUGCGAUAAGGGCAUGUCAUUGAGAUGUGAUGGGCAGUUAUCGUAAUUUUGUUUGCUAUUGAAAAUACGGCGCUGAGAAAGCUUUGAAAAUCUGAGCAAAAAUCUUGUCCACUAUAUAUGUACUUCCUAUUGACGCAAUAUCUCAAGGUUUUAUUUCCAAAGUCCUGAACGAUAUUGGCAUCGCGCGCUCAACAAAUACAGAACGUUAGGAAAGGCUACUCAUUGGUUGCCUAUAGCGGUACUUCAGUUUGCGGUCGGAAAUCGGUUUGCUUCUAUCACUCUGGUUUAGCUUUAUACCAGUACUUACGAAUGGUAUGAUUGCAGCAGGCAUAGCCUAUUCAAAGAGCUGAAAUCCCAUGAAAAUACCUGAUAAGCAACAUACUUCUUCGACUGUUAGGAAGAUGCCAUUUGUCUAAAGAUUGUUGACAACUCCUUUGUGUAAAGUUUUAGGCUAUAUCGAUUUUGCCUGACUGGAAUACAUCUGGAAUUGUGAUAUUCAAAUUAUCGACAGCCGAGAAAAAUUGCAGGUUGCACAUACUGAUUCAAGCACCUGAGAGGAGCAGAACAUUGCAGAUGUGCUAGGGUGCUUUUGUGAUAUUUCCAGCUUGCAAUACAGGGAUAUAUCUAAGUUUGAAAUUAUGGGAAAGAGUGCAAGGAAUCAGCAGUACUCGACUAUAAGAAUCCAUCAUACUAUAUCACGCCAGAUUAGGAGAAUUCGCUGUUUGUACACACUGGCCCUAGUAAGUACUGGAGUUGCAGUUGCGUUUAUUGUUCUGUAUGCGGUUAAGGAACAACAAUCUUCUAGGAGGAAAGAGUGUCUGCAAUCAAAUUGUGUCCAAGUAGCUGCUGGUGUUAUAAGUCGUAUGAAUACGACUACAAAUCCAUGCGAAGACUUCUACCAAUACUCCUGCGGUGGCUGGCUAGACAAGACCGCGAUUCCGGACUCUAAAACUCGUUAUAGCAUAUUCUCUGAAGUAAGCAGCAGAAACCGAGAAAUCAUUAAGCUGGAGAUCUCCAAAAUCAUGAGUGGCCAGAAAAACUCAUCGUCGAUGUCAAUAAGAAACGCUGUUGAUUACUACUCCUCCUGCUUGGACAAAAAAAGCAUCGAGGCUCGUGGCGACCAGCCCUUGAAAGACGUGAUCAAGCAGUACAACUCAUGGCCAGUUACCGACAUGAAUUUCACUGCUGGAAACUGGAACUGGACCGACACAUUUAUUAGAGUUCACAAAUAUUUAGCAAUGGCCCCGGUUUUCAAUAUGUAUGUAGGAAGUGAUUUGAAGAAUUCUUCGGUAAACGUUAUUACGCUUGACCAAUCUGGUCUUGGAAUUUCGAGAGAGGCCUACCUUCGCAAUACAACAUACCACAAAAAGGUCAGCAGCGCUUAUCGAACCCUUAUGAGGAAGCUAGUCACGCUUCUUGGAGCCAACAAAAAUGGGACACUAUUGAUGGAUAAAGUGUACGAAUUCGAGAAACGAUUGGCAAACAUCACUUUACCGACUGAGCAAGCGCGUCAGUACAAUAAAAACUACCAAAAGAUGAAACUAAAGGAUUUCGCAAACAAAACCGGAAUACCGUUGGAUUGGCUGAAGAACUGGCUUGACUGGGCGUUUUUGGAAACAGGUCACAGAAUCUCUGAAAAUGAAGAAGUCGUCACCUACUCUCUAGAUUAUAUCAGGGAUUCGUACAAGCUGUUUAAAGAAGAGGAUCCUUUUGUCCAAUCGUCCUACAUAAUGUGGAAGGUCGUCUUUUCUCUUGGAUCCGUUUUGCUUGGCAAAUACAAGGAGGCGUACAACGACUACUAUUCGACGAUUUAUGGAACCACUGCGGAGGAUCCACGGUGGGAGACGUGUAUUUCUUCGACAACAUCGGCAUUUGGGUUUGCAUUGGGAAGGCUAUUUGUGGACAAGGCUUUCAUAGGUUCCGCAAAAACCAUGGCUGAAGAAAUGAUUCAAGGAAUUAGAAAGUCGUUUAUGGAAAAUAUUGAUACGUUAAGUUGGAUGGAUGACGCCACCAAGAAAGCUGCGAAAGAGAAGGCAGUCGCAAUUAUUCAGAACAUUGGAUACCCAGACUUCGUUGUUAAGGACAGCGAUUUGGACAAAUAUUACCAAGGGUUGGUUGUCAGGAAGGGAAAUUUCUUUGCCAAUAUCGUUAGCAGAAGAAAAUUUAACAACAUUCGAAACUAUGUGAAAUUUGGAAAACCAGUUGACAAAUCCCUGUGGGCAAUGACUCCAGCUCAAGUGAAUGCAUACUAUUCUCCAACAGAGAACAAAAUUGUUUUCCCUGCUGGAAUAUUACAGACUCCAUUCUACGAUCACAGGGCGCCAAGGGCGCUGAAUUAUGGUGCAAUUGGUGUCGUUGUCGGUCAUGAGAUCACACAUGGAUUCGAUGAUCAAGGUAAAACUUUUAACAAAGACGGCAAUUCAGAGAACUGGUGGACACAGAAAUCCGAGCAAGGCUUUAAGAACCAAGCGAAAUGCUUAGUCGAUCAGUAUUCCAAGUACAGCAUGUAUGGAAAAAAUUUGAAUGGUAAUCAAACAUUGGGUGAAAACAUAGCCGACAACGGUGGAAGCAAAGCUGCAUUCAAAGCCUACCAAGAAUGGGUAAAAGCGAAUGGCGAAGAAAAGCGAUUGCCCGGCAUCGACCUCUCUCCUGAACAACUGUUUUUCGUUGGAUUCGCACAGGUUUGGUGUUCGAAAUACAGAGAGUCUGCAGCAAUAAGCCAGAUUGAAAACGGAGUUCACUCUAUUUCCAAAUUCAGAAUUAUUGGCACAUUGCACAAUUCGGAUGACUUUGCACGUGUUUUCAAGUGUCCUAGUAAAAGCUUUAUGAAUCCUUCAACGAAGUGCUCAGUUUGGUGAAAACGCACUAUCAAUUUUAUCGUUUCCUUUCCAACUCUAUAUCCAAUUUUUCAAUGCCUGUCUAUUGACAUCGAACCAUUUUUAUCAAAAGGUACACCUAUAGAGUCAGUUUGAAAGCCUGUUCCUUUUUAUAUAACUAGUGAAAUAUUUUUUAUUGGAUUUUGUUAUGUUUGGAUUUUGCUGUCAAAAGCAGAGUCUGCUACGAUAGAAGUUACCACAUAUAUCACACCAGACAUCUGAUUUAAUUUCAAUCAGCGAGAGCACAAGAAUAACAUUACAUUGCUGUGCAUUUCUAUUGAUUCGAAUUUCAUGAACGCAAGGUCGUUUUUAUCAUUGUAAUAAACAUUAAAUGUACUUGUUUUUGUGAUUUGUCCUGUGAUGGCAAUACAUAUUGAUGAUCUGUUUAUGGCUUAAUAAAA